GAUAAGAGUACACAAAAGGAAUGGAAACGUUACUAUGUACAGCAGGAAUCACCAAUGAAUCUUGUUGAUCUGUGCAUCAGAGACAGGACACACAUCCAGGCUGAACAGAAGCGGGGUCAGCAGGCUACAUAACCUUCUCCGUGUCUUUCUCAUACUCCACCAUGCUGAGGCAGAUCCUCCUAAACUCCACCGACGCCCCAGACUUCCACCUGGUGCUCAUGGCCCAGUCCUCCACGCACCCCCCCUCCUCCCUGAACGCCUCCCACGGCGGUUCGGUGAGCGUGGCCGCCCUUCUGAGACCCACCACGGGGCGAGGGGGAGGUGGGCUCCGGGAGGGCGAGCUCCACAAACCGGACCUGAUCACCUACAUAGUCAUGUGCCUACUGCUCUUCCUGUUGGUGCUGCUUAUUGUGUUCUUCAUCAACUGCCAGCUCCGAAACUCUUUCUUCGCCUCCAUGCCAUACGACAGGUCGCUGAGAGAGGCCCGCACCUCCUACAAGUAGACAAGACCCCCCCCCCCCCCCCACCAGGACAAGUCUCCGUGACUGGGUCUUUGGUGGGACUGCUGUGGGGGGUUGAAGGAAUGACUGGUCACCCCUGAACUGAAGCUGCACCUACUUGACCCCUGAAGUUGUUGCCUUUUGUAGUUCGUCUAUGACACAUUGGAAGGCUGAAAUAAAACCUGAUCAGUGAGGUCCUUAGAGUUACUUAGAGCAAAUGUUGCCCAAAUGUUCCACUUCAGGGCCCACAGCAGAUGAUUGGUGUAUGGGCCUCUGCAGGUGGAACGAUAACAGCAGACUAUAACUCCUGGUGAAAUUAGUGGCUCAUAUAGCCUAUUUUCUGGUGAUAAAUGAAUAAAAUCUGAAACAAUCCAUCAUCCCCUGCAACCAACUCGUGAUCCCCGUAGUGCACUUUGGAAAGAAAUUAUGUAUUCCUUUACAGUGUACUCUCAAGCUUGUGCUCAUUUAUCUGCUUACAAAUGUGACCUAGUGCCUGCAAUUGGGGUCCCAAUUCGCAGUAUUGCUCACUGGCCCAGACCAGAUUCAUCUUUUUUUUCUUCUUGGAAACGUGACAUAUGGUAACAGAAAUAGUAUACAGUAGAUUGUAUAUACAAUAUUUUGUAUGGCUGUAAAUUAACUGUAUUGUCUUGUGAAAUGAA